GCUGCCAUCAAUAAUAGCCAGCCAGUGCGGGCCACACUACUCUGGUGGCAGAAUCUCGUAAGGACGUUUUAUAUGGAGGAUUACUUUGACUGCUUCGGCGUUCUGCAUGUUUUGGCUUGAUCUACAGAACAGGAAGCUCCGGGGAGAACUCCGAGAUAAAAUGUUAGCUAAAAAUUGCUGUGGCUUUUAUAUACAAAAGGCCCCACUCGGUCACCCUCGUGUGUUGGGAUCGCCUUGCUAUAUAUAUAACCAGCUGUCCCCAGAUUUCCCCAGAAUUAUAAUCCACCCAUAGAACGGGGUAAUUACACAGAUCUCUACAUUGAGAAAGCAAGACUAAAACUUCCCGUCAAGAUGCAGGCUCGUGGACAGGGAACGAUAGUGGUGAUCGGGUGAGUCAGCAUACAAAGGCCCAGUUGACAUUGGCAUUGAACUCAUAUAUGAAAAAGAGCUGGCAUCCUUGGCCUUUCGUCGGCCUUGGAAUUGAUCGAGAAGCCCCAAACGUCCAAAUACCAGAUAGUACUUGUGGCAGACCACUUCUCAACAGACCCCCCAAAUCCCGUAUACGCAACCACAAAUGCUGGUGCACAUUUUCGUCCUAUUCCUGCCACAGAUACCCAGACAGAACUGGAGAGUGAUCAUGCUGUGAGAACAUACUCUCGGUUCAAGAAACUUGCUGAAGAGGAACCGGCAUUUGGUAUCAAAUUCCUGGAAGGAAUUGAGUAUGUAUCCGGGCCAGCCGCUGAGAAAUAUAAGGCAAUGACGCCGAAUUACGUGAAGCAAGAAGGGUUUCGGCUAUUAGAAGGCCCCGAAAAGCCGGCGGGUGUUGAGUUUGCCGCGAGAUAUGAGUCCUUUAUAGUCGAACCCGACACUUACUGCUUCCAUCUUUUACGACGCUUCAGCCUAAAAGGAGGUAAAAUCUUACGGUUGAGGCUGCAGUCCGUGGAAGAGGCUUUCUGUCUGGAGGGCUACAAGGUCUCGCUCGUGGUGAACUGUAGUGGAAUGGGGUUUGGGGAUCAAAAGACUUUCAUUAUUAGAGGUCAAACGUGCCUUAUUGCAGAGACUGCUACAAAAACGGUGACACAGCAAAACGCGGAUGGAACAUGGACAUUUCUGGUUCCUCGACCUCUAAAUGGUGGGACCGUCGUCGGUGGUACAAAGGAGGUAGGUGACUGGAACCCUACAGCUUCUAUGGCGGUCAGAGAGGAACUUCUUCGCAACGCUGCAAAGAUGUACCCUGGCAUUGUCAACUCCAAGGGAGGCUUUGAUGUCAUCAAGGACAUUGUUGGCCGACGUCCUGCACGAGAAGGAGGAAUGCGCUUGGAAGUCGAGACCCUCCCUAACAAGAGACCGGUCGUCCAUGCUUAUGGAAUCGGCGGCAGAGGUUUCGAGACCAGCUGGGGCAUAGCUGAGGAUGUUCAACGCAUGGUGACGGAGACUCUUGGAAAACGGCCGUUAGCCAGCCGUCUCUGAGGCACUCUCUGUACAUAUCAUUAUAAUCUCCAUGCAACCGGCCCUAGAAAAGACGAGAUGUGUAGAGAUGGGAACGUCAAAUACUUAUCGAGACCUCGUUAGACGGACCACAAGGCUCUUUUCUUGCUUACUGGAACAAAAAGUAACAAUAGAUUAAUUAGUUGACAUCACCAAACGAUGUCAAAAAGAAAUCCUAGCAUGUCUUGGUUUCGAUCCAAGGUCCUCCGGGUUAUGAGCCCGGCGCGCUUCCGCUGCGC